UUCUUCGUGUUUUUUCGUUGUGGAAUGUGGAUUCGCGUGUGGAACUUCGUUAAAACACCAUAGGUUUCUGCGGUUUUUUUGUUUCGCUUACUGGCUUACAUAUUUUAAGCGUUUGACCAUAGAAUGGAUAUUGCCAUGAAUAUUUAAGAAAAAUUUAAGUACCAGCCAGUAACACUGCCUGUUUUCUGUUAAUUUUCAAUUAGGAGGUGUUGGUGCGGGUAGUAAUUUCCAUUUGUCACUUUGUGGGCCUCUGGCGUUGAAGUGCUCUUUUUGCCAUUUUGAUUUGUGGGCACUGGUGGGUUUCUGGUCUGCGACAAACCUACUUAGCUCGUUGAAUUAUCUGGAAUCUUUAAAGGAUUUUCAGGAGUUUAUGGUGGGAUUUUUUGCUACAAAGUCCUCCCGAAGAAAUGAACGCCUCCAAAGCUAAGAGCAAGAAACAGCGCCGAGACGAUAGUGAAGACACUGUAGCGACUGCAGCGAAGCCUCCCCGACCCACCGCACCCAAACCUUCAAAGACCAAAGGACAGAAGGUGGUUCCUGAGGUGGAGGCGCGCCGUCAGAUGGGCGAAGAAGAACACGCCAGUGAUAUGGGCAUCGCCGGGAUCCUGACGCUGUACGGCGCCGACGAGGACGAGGAGGAUCUGGUCUUCUACGACUACGUCAACCGCCUCGGGGAUGCCGAGCUGAUGCCGUCGUACAUGGUGCCCAGUCAGCAGAUGGAGGAAAUGUAUCCGGAUCCCGUGACGAACUUGAAGGAAAUUCUUGCGAAGAGAAAGGAGAAAGGAAAGGAGAAAAAAGCGGCUGGCACACGUCAGGGAGAGGAGGCUGGAAUUGAAAAUGGCGUGAAAAAUCCAGACGUCGAUAUGGGCAGCGAUAAUGAAAAUGCGGAAACGAGCUUUGAAGAAGAAAGCGGACUUGUCCACCGGACGGCGUGAUGAUGAUUGUGUGAAUUCUCUUGAGUUUUUAGGUUAUUUUUGGACAGAUCUCCUUUUCGAAUGCGUCUGGUAAUGGCAGCCAUUAAUGUUUGUGGGUGUAAUGUAUAGAUAGUGAUUUUUUUAUAUUUUACCGCCCGUGAUCGGAAAUGAUCCUUUUUCUGCCGUUUUCUUGCCACGAUGGUUAGUUUUGCCUAAUAGUAAGAAUUCCGUGUCUUUAAUCUUAAUCCUGGUUGAUCUGUCAGAUGAGAGAGACUUUUGUAGUUGGAUAACCAAUGUACGAGUACUCAUACAAUAGAAAAUCGGAAUUGUGGCUAAAUAAAAGUGGU